AUGGAAGUGUUUCUUAUGAUCAGGCGAAAGAAGACCACCAUUUUCAUUGAGGCCCAGGAGUUGACCACGGUCUUAGAGCUGAAGCGCAUUGUCCAGGGCAUCCUGAAGAGGCCUCCUGAGGAGCAGCUGCUGUUCAAGGAUGACCAGCUCCUUGAUGAGAGCAAAACUCUGCGAGACUGUGGUUUCACUAGCCGUGUAGCAAAGGCACAGGACCCAGCCACAGUGGGCCUGGUGUUCAGAGAAGACGCCUCUGAAGGCUUGCAGAUCCACCCCUAUUCUACUCCUCUGCUUCCAAGUGUGAUGAAAACUGGCACAGACAGUCUUGAGUGA